AUGGAGCGAGGGUUGCGCCCGCGGGGGGCUGCGCGGCUCCCCUUCGCUCUUCCGCUCCUGCUGCUGUGCAGUGGGGCUGCUGCCCCCCAGGGGACGGCGGGGGCCGAGGUGCCCGCGCCCUUGCUUUGCAAUGUCAGCUUGGACAGCCCGCCCGAGGAGCGCUGGCUGCCGGUCCUGCGGCUCCACUUCGACCCAGCGCUCCUCCGAGAGGCUUUCGUGCAGCUCAUCGACAAAGUGGUUCCCAAGUGGGUUCAUGUGAUUAUCCGGCCUCUGGCGGAAGAAAUAGAAUCCUUUGUCCCGCAGCCGUUUGCAGGCGAGAUCCGGGGACUCUGCCAAGCGCUGGGGCUGAACGUUGGGGAUGGCUUGCUCCUCAACUUGGCCUACGAAAUUACCACAUACUGUACCAGUAUCAUCGCUCAGGACACUAAUGGGAGCAUUUAUCAUGGCCGGAAUCUGGAUGCGCCGUUUCUAGACAUUUUCCAGAAGACAACCAUAAAUGUGGACUUUUUAAAGAAUGGGCAGGUAAAAUUCAGAGGUACUACAUUUUUCGGUUACGUAGGUUUAUGGACAGGACUAAGUCCAUAUAAGUUUACAUUUUCUGGAGACGCAAGAGAUCGUAGCGCAUGGUGGGAGACUGCAGUCGCCGCUUUCCUGAAUCGAAAUUCUCCGGCCAGCUGGCUGGCCAGGACUGUUUUGAGUGAAGCUGAGAACUUUGAGGCUGCUGCUCUCAUGCUGUCCAAGACACCGAUUAUGGCAAACGUCUACUUCAUCAUUGGGGGCACAAAGCCUGGGGAGGGGGCAGUCAUUACGAGAAGGAGAAGUGGUCCAGUAGAUAUUUGGCCCUUGGACCCUCUGACCGGAGAGUGGUACCGGAUAGAGACAAACUACGAUCACUGGACAACGCCCCCUCCUCUAGAUCAUCGAAGAACCCAAGCCAUGAAAGCGCUGAAUGCCACCGGACAGAAAAAUAUUAAUCUCGAGUCUCUCUACAAAGUAUUAUCAGUCUAUCCAGUCUUAAAUGAGGGAACAGUUUACACCACCGUAAUGAGUGCUGCAACCCCUGGCAAGUACAUGACACGAAUCAGGAACUUGGUGUGAAAACAUAUCAUGGAGCAAUUUGUGUGUGUGUGUGAAAACGGGCUCCCCCCCAUUACAUUGGCGUGGUAGAUGGGACCCAUAUCGAGGUUUAUGCUAUCAAAUCAGAUCAACAUGCUAAUAGGAAAAACGAUAAUUCCGUUCCCAUCACAAGGAACAGACCACAGUGUAAACUUUUUUAUCAGUCUGGCAGUUAGCAGGAGUGGCGGAAACCGCGAUGCCUUCAUUUCUGUAAACUGCACCUUGCCAAGAAAUGGAUGUGGGUAUUUGUGCUUGGAACCCCCUGCUGUCUACCAAUUCAUGGCAAACAAAUACCUCACGGAAGAAGGGGUCGAUGAAAUCAUAGAGUGCCCCCCCCCCAAUGCUAUUCAGCCACGGUUUUAAGAGAUGCACGAUUUGGUUGCUUUAAGGGAUGCUGAUGUUGUCUCAAAUGCAAACUCCCCGUUGCUGAAGAUAAUGUGUCUGCUGCAAUAACAGCCUGUGUUGUCCUGUUCGAUAUUUGUGAGUUAAAGGGUCACUCGCUGGGUGAGGUUGACUCUAUAGAACCUGAAAUCAUUCCUCCCUCAUACACAGAGGAGCACUGGCCAUACCGAAAGAGAACUCCAACACAGUGGAGCAUUAUUAGAGUUUCGCCUUCAUAUGAUUUUCAGCAGACGAUGCUCUGAAGGCACAAAAAUGCAGAGACCUUUGCUGGAACUUCAGGCGAUGAUGAUAGGACUGAGCAUUUGCUGGGGCCCCUAAGGAGCCAAACGGUGCACUGCCCCAAAAACUGUUUUUUCCCACUUUGCAUGGGACACUUUAGAAAGAUGCUGUAGAGGAAAAUUCCCACUUUGCACAUCUCUUUCUUUUGUACACCAGCAGCCCCCACCUCCCAGUGUAUAAAGCCCUUAAUAAUUGCACUGGACUUACCGGUACACCCAAAAUAAGACCAAAAACAUUUCAGCUUACUUGUGCCUUAUUCCUGCUCUUGCAAAAUGAUUGGGAAGCGGAAUCAGAAGUUGAUGAAUUGAUGAUUUUUUUUAUUGUGCCCCCCCCCCCGAAAUAAAAUGUUUUGCUGUUGAUCUAUGAGGAUAGAACUGAAAUAAAUGGAUUUUUAAAGCGGUGGUGGUUUUCUUCCCCUCACCUCUUAUCUCGCCUACUUCUCAUCCUGCAGCAAAAUGGUAUCAAAGACUAUGUGGUUUCUGAGCCAAAGCCAGCCUUGUAAUAGGUAAAGGUAAAGGGACCCCUGACCAUUAGGUCCAGUUGCAGACGACUCUGGGGUUGCGGUGCUCUAUUGGCCGAGGGAGCCAGCGAAUAGCUUCCAGGUCAUGUGGCCAGCAUGACCAAGCCACUUCUGGCAAACCAGAGCAGCACACGGAAACGCCGUUUACCUUCCCACCAAAGCGAUACCUAUUUAUCUACUUGCACUUUGACGUGCUUUCAAACCGCUAGGUGGGCAGGAGCUGGGACCGAGCAACGGGAGCUCACCCUGUCGCGGGCAUUCAAACCGCCGACCUUCUGAUCGGCAAGCCAUAGGCUCUGUGGUUUAACCCACAGCGCCACCCACGUCUUACAGCCUUGUAAUACUGCAACGUAAAAAGCCAAAGCAGUAUAAUUGCAUCUUACACGCAUUUAACUUGUGCAACUUCAACCACAUGCAGUUGGAGGCAGGCUGGUUGAAAUGGCACAAGUCAAAUCCAAGCAAAGUGGAGAGCUUAAAAGCUCUUUUCGUGCCAGGUAUGCUUGAGGUUACUCAGCAUGGAAAGAGCUUUUAAGUCUUCCCCCUCAUUUGGAGGUGAGACCCACCAAGUACGCCAGCCGCCGAGUACAAGGGAUUCCCUCUCUCCCCUCAUCUGCUAGAGGCAGGGUGACUCCAAGGGCUCAUGUAUAUGUAAUUUUUGU